GGAGGGAAAGGUCAAACUAAAGGCGAGGGCGCCGGGAAGCCGGAGGGAGCCGCCGCAGCCGCUGCGCGCCAUGACGGACGCGAACGAGGCUGUUUUCUCUCCGCCGACGCCGCCGAGCCGCUGCUCUCGCCGCGCCCCCUCCCCCGGCACUCGCGCGUCCGCGCGCCCCCUCCCCCCGGCGCUCCGGGCGCGCGUCGGGCCCGGGGCGCGCGCCGGCCGGAGCCGGAGAGGGAGCGGGAGCCGGAGCGGGAGCGGGAUUGGGAGCGGGAGCGGGAGGGAGGUUGGGGGCCGCGGCGGGCGGCCCGGCGGCCUCCUCGCGCGACCCCGGAGCCCCUCGCCCGGCCCCUCGGCUGGAGCCCGCCAGCAAAACUCGGGGGGAAGCCUUGCUGGACCGGACGAAAGCGAGAGGGACCCGGAGGACCCGCCUGUAUGGGGACCAGAGACGAACAGAUCUGCCUGUGGGUAGCACUAGGGCAUGAUGUGUGGACGUUGCCAUGCCAAUGUUUGAUGUUUGUUGCUUAUGGUUAUUUUAGGACUAAAUGAUAUUUUUUUUAAAAAAGUUAUUACUAGGGAGAGAGGGAACUGCUUGAAUGGUCAUGAGCUCUUCCCUGUGUGUUCAGGAAAUGGGUUAAUCUUUCACAUCACCACCCCCCCCCCCAACUGAAUCUAUGCCCAGUGGACUUUAAAAAUAAUAAAUACAAAACUCUAAAGCCCCGAAACGAGGUGAUGUUUUUCUGAUGAGUUUCAGGUGUCAGGCCCCUGGUUGUGUGAGAGAGAAAUAGAAGCAGGACAGCGAAGUACUUGAUAUGCUCAAGCAGUCGUCUUUUUGUCAUAAGCUUUGGAGCCCAUCAAAGUGGAGUUUAGUUGUAACUGCCAGGGUUAAGUAAUCACAUUGACCCAGUGCCGCCCACCAAUCAGGAGCUUCCCUGAAAGUAACUUGGAAGACUGCUGUCAGCCCAGUUCUCUGCUGAUUGUGAAUACCCAGUGCUUCUGCUGACUUCUUUCCCCUCUUUAGUUUUCUACUAUUAUAAUGCAUGCAACCUGUUUACCAAACGUUGGAAUGAAUUAUCCAUAGCUGAAUUGCUCUCCGCUAAGUCACUUUUAAAUUUUCAGGUGCUACCUCUGAUGUAUGUUUGUUUCAUAUUUGAAAGUUGUUUGGAAAUUUGAAAUAUAGUAAUUUCACAUGAUAAGGGUUUUUUGCGUAUAAGUCCAGCUUAAACAGAUUAUACCAAGUGGGUAAUGUGUUUUAGAGUUUAAAUCUCAUCCAAGAAAACUUCUGGUUUUUGAAAGGUUGGGGAUUGUGACAGCUGAGGAAAUGUCCAAAGGAAUCUUUGGUAAAGAAUGAGGGAACACCGGGACACCUGGUGAAUUUCACAUUAACUGGCAGGUUCAGCAUAUACAAAUUUACUUCUUACCUGAGCAUUUCUGAUAUGCGGGUGCUUCUUCGGUUGUUUAUGGACCUUUGGUUAUUCGUCUUUUUUCAAGAAGUUCUGUCAGCAAAGACUCUCACUUUGAAAUUGAGUCGUUGUAGCAUGUAGCCAGGGUACCAAAGGUUUUCAGUACAAGACGUAAGGGAGGAUUUUUCAGUUUGGUAUCUUGUUAAUUCUUUCUGUGCAGCAAUUUUUGUACCUGGUUGUACCUGGUUCUGUGCUGUGAUGCCCCUUUUAACGUCUUGCUCCUGUGGCUGUUACUGACAUAUGUCUAUAUACAAUUCUGUAAUGGGGUUCUUGAAUGUUAACCACUUAGAACAUCAUUUCCUUUCCUGUUCUAUAUAAAUACAUUUUUAUUUUUAUUUAUCUUCCUUCUCUCUUUUUAAAGGGAACUGUAGAACUGGGCAAAUCAGCACUUACUCAGCAUACCCCCCUCCUGUAUGUCUCGUUGACCUUGGUGCCAUUGUGGAGGUCAUGUGUUCAUGGAGAUCAACAGCUCUUGAACAGUUUCCUCCAGGUGACAGGCACGUGGGAAAGUGAUUUAAGAAGUGCAUAUCUUGAUUUUUUUAAAAAAUCAUUUUAAUUCGGCAUUUAUUGUGAUCAUUGCCAAAAAUAAUUUGUUGACCUAUCUUUGGGAGUACAUACAUUUCUAUUUUACAUUAAAAAAUCACUUAAUUUCUUUUUUCGACUUUCCUAGUGUUGUAUAUUCUACUACAGAUGAACAGCUGGUUUUUUGGGUGACAUUUUUAAAACUUGGGAAAGAGAGAGAAGGGCAGUAAUGCUGGGAUGUAUUUAGCCCAAGAAAGCAGUUAAGCUCCACUUCAAGAACUUUGAUAUUUACAAGUAUAAGAUUACAAAACAAGUAGUGGUUAGUUAUGUUAUAUGAGACUUCUAAAUUUUACAAAAAGGAUUCACUAAAAGGUGCCUUCAGAUAAUUAAUCCCUUUUAUGUGGUACUUAUCAAAUGUGAUUUGAUUUAUGAAAAAUCAGUUGUCGUACAACAAUUUAAGAACAAAUUUUGGGGAUGUCCCUGCCCGUCCAGUGGUUGGAUCCCUGGUCGGUGAACUAAGAUCCCUCAUGCUGUGCAGUAUAGCAAAAAACAGAAACCAAAGAACAUUUUUUGCAUAAUGUUAAGAUUCAUCAGUGUGUUCCUUGAAUUAUCCGUUUCCCCAAAGUGUUUGGGGGCAAAGUUAAUAUUUAUGGGCUUGCUAAAUUCAAAGUUGUGCCACUUAUAUGCUAUCUAUUAAGGUUUUAACUGAAUGGAAAAAUUGCCAUGUGAUCUAGAGUUGUACCAUUUAGAGUACAUUGAAACCAAAUUAGAAUGCCAAAAUUUUAUGGUCAGGUUUGUCUGGAAUCCUAUCCAAGGUAGUUUAAUUAGUAAGGUAUCAAAAGCAGCUUGUUGUAAGAUGCUCUCACUAGGACGGUGGUCCUGCAACAUAGGCCAACAAGUGGUAAUACCCAGACUUCAGCAAAGUCAAAAUAAAUAGAUUUGGCCUACAGUCCACAUGCAGUGAAAACCAUCACCUUGAAUUUUUCUCUAGGUGCAAAUUAUUCUUCAGAAUUAAAGGCUUGAUUUUCCUAAGCUGUAAUUGUGUUUGGGUCACUUGUGAAAAAUCUAUUUUGAUAAAAGAAAAGCUGCAUACUCUGACUUUCAAGGGAGCUUUUUUCUCUCUUUUUUAGUGCAGUUGGGUUUAUUUGAAAUCGCAGGAGAUAUUGAAUGAAGUACUUGGGGAGUUUUCAUUCUGAAAUCAUUUUACUUUGAUGACUUUGAAAAAAGGAAUGUGAGUUAAUAUGAGUAGAACUUGCUUAUGAGUUAGCUCAAACUUUAUGGUGGGAUAAGGGGGAAAGGGAGGAACUGGAUACAAACUUAAUUAAGGAUAAUCAAUCAAAUUUACUUUGCUUUAUGCUAUUCAUGCCUGGCUGUGUAAGAGUGACACCCUUCCUCCCCAAUUUUAGAGAAGUCUUAUUCCUAGAGAAGGGAUUUAAGGGUUAAGAGCUAAGCAUGUGAGUAUAUGUGUUCAGAGUAUCUUUUGAGCACUUUAAUAGUUUUUUGUUUUGUUCUUGUGCAUGAGACGGAAAGCAAGAAAUUAUUUUCAUGUUGAAUAUGGGUUGAGAGCACAACUUUCGGAUAACAGGCACAGUUUUAUUGCUCUUAACAUAAUUGAAUUUUAUAAAAAUUAAGGGAACAGCUAGAAUGAUACCAUUGAUUUUUUUUAGUAUAGGCUGUUAGUUCCUUUGUUGAACAAAUGAGUAAAA